AUGGCGCCUACAGAGAACAUACUAACUCCUUAUUUCUAAAAUCACAAAUACUUCAACUUGCUUUAUAUAGUUCAUCUUCAAACAGCUAAAAUAAUGCAUAAGGCUAAGGUGACAAAAAUAGGGUAACAAAAUAAGGUGACAAAAAUAAAAACAAACUAUAUUAUGAAAGCAGGAAGUGAACAAAUGUAACAGUUACUGAUUGUAAAAGUACCAGAUGGAGGGGUAGUAUCUAAUAAGCUUUGCUUCUUCCUGCUCCUUUUGGACAUGUGGAACUGUGAACUGAUUAUGUGAUGCAUUCAAUUGUAAUCUGAUGCAUGUUCAAAUGAAAUUAAACCAUUACUAUUACUUCGGCUUCCCCCCCACAUCCCAGAAACAUGCAUCUCAGUGUCAUUGAGAAUAUGAAUUAUUGUUUUUUAUUAUUAUAUAGUGACCAAUCCAAGGUGUAGCCCCAUCUCUGGGAUAGGUUCCAGCUCAUGCAUGACCUACAUAAGAACAAGCAGUAUAGCCGCUCUUCUCUCUAUUAUCACCUGAUCAUAAUCUAUUUACUAUUACAGUACAUCGAAAGUGUACAUAUAUAAAUAUGUAUCUAAUACUUAAUAAUUUUUCCAUAGACAAAGUCUUUUUGUACAUUAUGACCAACUUUCCUUUCCCAAACGAGGAGGCGGGACCAACCGUGACGUCACGUAGAGUGGCUUCUAUCACCUUCCUGUGAUACAUACCGGCUACAUUACAACGCUGUGACGUAAUCGAUACUGAAAAAAUUCGAUUCCGUCUCUCAUGUGACCACAAUUGACAAGUCUCGCUCAGUCUCCUCCCCUCCUCUCUCCUCCUCCCCACCUCUCUCCUCCUCUCCCUGGUGCGAGGACGCGCUCCUCCCGGGGGCGAGCGCUGCUCCGAGCGGGUAACUCCUCAUAAGAAGCCGCUCAGUGUCGAUGCUCGGACGGACAGAAGACCCGCCGCUGCUCGGUGCCGCUUGGUUACACAUCACCCGAGUGCUACUCUCAGCAGCCAACAAAGCAACCAACGCUGUUGGCUCUGCGGGGCGCCGCUGGUAUCGCUUGUGUCUUGGAACUUGUCUUCAAUGUGGGUGUCUGCAGGAGGUCCCCCUGCUGUGCAUGUGUGUGUGGAGAAGGCUUGAUAAGGGCCCCAUGCAGGUGCUGUUGUACCAUCAAAAUGAUGGCGCCCUCCUUGAUUGUGUUCCUGGUGGUUCUGUUCACCGCCGUGACGCUGUCACUCACCUCCGAUCUUGGAGCUCCUCGCAGCAAGAGGAGGCACAGCUCAGGAGUUGGCGGAGACACCGAACAGCGCUCACUGCAGGCUUCACAUCGUUACAGCAAGGACCGCUUUGCCGACGGGAGCCGGGCGAGUAAAGCAACACGGGGGAGACGCGGGCCCGGCUCCCGCAGGUCGUCACAUCCCCUGGCCAGACCCGAGGACGACGGGACGGGCUUGGAGGGUCUGCAUCCUGUGCGGGUGGAGAUGGGUCCUGGCCGAGCUGGAAUGAAGAAGCACCCUGGAGGGAACCACCUUAUGGUGGCACGAAAGGGGAGGGGUCACGAACACCAAUCUGACUUCAGGAGACAAGGGGGGCGACGGCACAAGGUCCAACAUGGACAAGGCUUUCUCCCGGCUCCCCAGCUUAGCGAUCUGCUUGACGACCCCCUUCCCUCUCCCUUCUCUUCCUCCCACUCCCUCGGCGUGGCCCCUCCCAGUGACGCCGCCACCUCGUCCGCCAACGCUGCAGUUUUUGGCUCUGGCUCCUCCAUAGUUGCCACGGUGAUGAACGAGCAUCCCCCAACGCUGCCCCCAGCCUCCACCAAACCCCAGAAGUCAGGGCAAGGGAAAGGGCAAGGCGAGGUGAUGCCCACGUUGGACAUGGCGCUCUUUGACUGGACGGACUAUGAGGACAUGAAACCUGUGGACACUUGGCCGAACUCGAGGAAGAAAGACAAGAGGAGGAGUAAGAACCUCAGCACCGGAAACGCCACCGUAGAUGCCGAUAUCAUCGAGCCAUGUGACCAUCAUCUGGACUGUCUUCCUGGUUCUUGCUGCGACUUGAGGCAACACGAGUGUAAAGCUCACAACAGAGGCCUCAACAACAAGUGCUACGAUGACUGCAUGUGUGAGGAAGGCUUCCGCUGUUACGCCAAAUUCCACCGUAAGCGUCGCGUGACGAGGAGGAGGGGCCGCUGUGUGGUCCCUGACUCAGUUAGCAGUGACCAAGGAGGCUUCAUCACCAUUUGAAAAGGAAGACAAGCGCCGUGACCACUUAACUUGGACACAGGCUACAGCACGGCCAAGAU